AUGUUGAUCAAAGCUAUUAAUUCUUCAGAAUAAGAAGUUGGUCGUAAUGUUAAAAGGUAAAUUUUAUAAUAAUCUCUACUUUAGUUCGAAAAAGAAGUAUAUUUGGAAAUUCUCAAUUGAUAAUGUAGAUCAAGAAAUUGUACUUUUAAUUUCUUCUCUUUCCGGCAAAAAAGAAGUUAGAUACAACGGAAGACCGAUUCAUUAAGAAUCUAGGUAAUGCUCUUUCCAUAUCAUUUAUUUUCAGUCUUUUUUGUGAUUUCAGAUACCUAUAUAAAAUUUAAAAUUGUCUUGUCACAAUUGCACCUAGAUAUGAAUCAUAUCAACUUUAUUUGAACAAUAUUCCUUUUGCUGAAUAUUUCAAUACUCGUAAUAUAAAUUAAACAGAGAAUCCAAAAAAUUGUACUCUAAACAAUGAUGAUCAUGAUGAGUAUGAUUUAAGUCCUUUAAAAGAUGUUGAACCACAAAAAACAAAUUUUUAAUAGCCAUUGUAGAAAUUUAAAGUAACUGUUCCUAAUCAUCAAACUAAUUAUAUUUAAAACAAAACAGAAAGUAAAUAAUAAGAAAUAUUGUGGAAAUAAGGAUUUAAUAAAGACUUUGCUAAUUUUGGAACUACUUCAACUAAUGGUACAGACAAUUAAUUUGGUAACUUUGGUUUCACAUUUGAUACUCCAUAAAAAGAACCUAAAAAUACAAUUACAUCAUAAUAAAAUAAUCAAAAGUAAAUUGAAAAACCAAAUCCUUUCUUUGAAUUUGGUUAGAAUUCAUGGUCAGCUUAAUCAAAAAAUACUCUUAAUUAACAACCCUUUUAGUCUUAAUAGACAAAAUAAUAUCAUUCAGAUAUAAAACCUCAAAUUAAUACAGAAUAACAAUUUAAUAAUAUGAAUAUGUCUUAAACAAUAAAUUAAUCAAAUCAAAAUUAAUAAUUUAAUUAAUACAAUUUAAGUAAUCAAUAAUAAUAAUAAUAAUAAUAAUAAUAAUCAUAAUAAUAAUAAUAAUAAUAAUUAGUCUACUCUUAAACUAUCAAUCCAUAAAAAUAAUAAAUAUUAUCAUAAGGUAAUAUAUUAGAUUUUUUUGAAUCUAAUUAACAUUAAAAAAAUAACAUUAAUUUUUAACUUUAAUAAUAAUAACUCAAUAAGAGCCAUUCUUAAUCAUUUAUUAUGCCUCUUUUCAGUUAAUCCUAGAUUACAUCAAUGAAUUUUUAAAAUUAAUAAAAUUCAAUUCAAUAAAAUGCAUUUUAAAAUUUAUAAAAUAAUUAAUUCUAAUCCUAUUAUAAUAAUUAGACAUAAUUUUAAUACCCAAUCUAUAGAACAUCACAAUCAUUAACACCUUUAACAUCAUCAUAUCAAGAAACAAAAAAACAGAUGCCAAAAGAAUUAGAAGACAUAUUUGAUCAACCUAUGUAAAAUACUUAGCCUCCAUUAUAAAAAAGAUCAACACCUUUCGAUGAUGAUCUAUUUACAUGA